AUGGUAGAUAACCUAAUUAACAUUGAAAUUUCUAAGGAAUUCGAUCCACAGAUCCCAAGGAUUUUACCUCAUGAAAGGAUAUAUUCAAUUCAAGUUGGAUACAAGUUAUUCAAGUUAAGUGGUGCAUCGUUAUCGUCAGAUGCACCAUCAUAUUUUACGAGAUUCUUCUUACAAGAGGAAAAUAAUGAUAAAGUUCUAUUUAUUGAUAGAAAUCCAUUAACUUUCGAAAAGAUAUAUCAGCACCUACAAGGGUAUCAAAUAAACGUUGAGAAUGAGUAUGAAUUUGUAUAUUUAUUGCUGGAUUGUUAUUAUUUUGGAUUGAAAAGACUACAACAAAUUUUAAAAGAUGAAGAUAUAUUUGCUACUAUCGGUAGUAAGUCUUUCAAAAUUUCAAAGAGUUUGUUAGUUAAUAGUGGAAAUUACCCAAAUUUCUUCAGUAUUAGUUACGAAAGCAUGCUUACGGAUAACUCAAACAUAAUAGAACAAAGAAAUAUAAUUAGACCUCCGCCCCAAAAGCCGGCUACGGUUAGUUCCAGAUCCCCUGAACUCUUCAAUGACCUUUUAGAAUUGCUACGGGGUAAUUCUCAAGUUAUCAAGAAUGAUGAACAUAGGCACUUAUUAAUUAGAGAAUGUAAAUAUUAUCGCUUCCUAGAAUUGGAACAAAGAAUCAUUAAGUACAAAGUAAUUAAUAACCCGUUUAGUGACUCUGGAAAUCAAGACAUUAUAAUCAGACUAAAUGAUCUACACAUCAAAGGGAUAAUAAGUGACCCAUCUAUUAAAAAUAUGAAUGGCAGAUCUCCUAUUCAAUAUCAAAGACCCUUUAUAUCAAAAGAACCGAGGAGAACACUAAUAUUUCAAUUAGAUUCCAGCUAUUCUGAAAUCUCCAACACGAAAUAUUCCGAAGUUAAGCUUAUUUUAGUUAAAAAAUUCAAUAUAAUUAUGGUUCAAUUGACGAAUUCAUUGUGCCUAAAAUUUGUACUGUUGUUCAGGGCAGUGGCUGAAGAGUUUUUAGUAGAGGAUUUAGAUUCUGACAUACCUUCAAUUUGUAUUUUUACAGAUAUUAGUGACUGUAAGACGAUAAUAAAUGGAAUGGAAAUGAAAAGAAAUUGGGUAUCUGAAAUGUUGCAAAAUAUUUCGUCAUCAUCUGAAUCUGAGGAAUUGACUAUAGAUUCGCUGAGUACAAAGAAAAGGAAACUAUCUAAUGAAAUAAAAGGGGACAGAAUCGAGUUUAAAUUAACUAAAUCAUUAUGGAAACUCUUUUUAACAGGAAAGAAACCAAACUUACAAGGAGUCUCUAUCGAAGGUGUGACUGACGAAAAAUCGUUUAGAGAACAUAACAUGGGCUUUUUGUAA